CACAGAGAGAUGAGGAGAGACUCAAAAUGAACCUGUUCGCAAUCACUGGAAGAAUACUUAUUUCCUUUGGGGUUUUAAGUCUCAUCUCUGGAAUAAUUGCCUUCUUUCCUGUUUUUUCCUAUAAGCCUUGGUUUGUCGGAUGGAGUGUUCGCAUUGCGUCUCCCAUCUGGAGCGGCGCUUUGGCUGUUAUUACAGGUGUACUCAUUGCUCUGGCUGAAAAACAAUGGACCCAGACAUACCUGUGGGAAGCUGGUUUCACCUUUGCCGUAUUAAAUAUAAUCAUCUCCCCAGUUCAAGGUGCUAUUGCUAUUGCCUCCAUCCUGCUUGGACCUUAUUGCUACUACUCUUUUGCUGGGGUUUCGGGUACAAACUACCUUGGUUAUGCCAUUGUUUUCCCUUUCCCUUAUGGCAAGUUUGCUACUGCCUGCAAAGAUCCAUCGAACUAUGAAUGGUAUCAUCUGGCCCUACACAUAGUAGAUUUUUGCUCUGGCAUCACCAUAUUCUGUGCAUCUCUGGCUACAGUGGUCAAACUGACAGCAAGGUUUUUCUACUUUGGACACCUGAAUGGAGGAAGAAAUACACUCUGAACAUGGAUUCAUCUGAGAAUAUCUCCUCUGAGACUCCUGAACAGUGUCGUCAAAACAAGAUUAGAGGACACUUGAUUUGCUCGUAUAAGAGUACAGCUCUGAGGAUACCUACUCAGAAGUCAAUUCAAUGUGGUGUGCCCCUAAACACAUGGAUAUAGGGUUGUAGCACAAAUAUUUCAUUUUACAUCAUUAUCCAGGGCUCUGUAUUCAGUGGCUAGGAGCUAGAGCAGUGGUUCCAAAACUUUUUCGACCCUCGACUUACUGACCACUAGCCACAGUUCCCCAGGAUGAUACUUUGGGGUGGGGGAGAAGGGAUUGGCGAAACCCAGCCUGAGUAGUACUUCCACUGAUUCCAUAGAAGGAUUUCUGAGGAUUUUGUGGUGUCCCUAGUUGGCUUUAGUGGCAUCCCAGGGCAUCAUGGCAGACAAUGUGGGAAACACUAAUCUAGAUGGUCUUUUUGAAUG